AAGAGAAACUCAAUUUUCUUUCUUCUCUGUCUACUUUUCUCUUUCUUUCUUAAUCUCCCUUUUCAACAAUUAGUGUCAACGAUCAAACGUUAAACUGAUUUACUUUCAAUUCGCAUUGAAAUUCUCACUGAUUAAGGUGAACAAUUAGAAUCUCCCAUUGAUGAUUACACAUUUUCUUUAGAAUAUUGAAAUUGUCGCCAUUUUGAUUAUCUCUAUUUUCCCUCUCUUUUUUUUAUUCUUUUCUAUUUUUACCUCUUUCUUUUUGUUUCCUUCUUCUUCUUGUUAAUCCUUAUCUUCUGCAUCUUCUGUAACAUCAUUUUAUCGCCGUUGAGAUCAUCAUCUUCUAGUGGAUUACAAGUGGAAAAUCUUCAAAUAAUAUAAACCAAAUUUUCUCUCUGUUUUGGAAAUUUUCCUGUUCGUUUCUCUUAUGUGUGUCUCUUGGUGGAAACUCGUAUUACAAGGUGAAAACCCGUUCCAGUGAGAGUCACGAUAAAGUGAAGACUAAAGAAAGAGAAGAUAAAAUAAUGAUGAUGAUUAAAAGAAAGUGAAAAUAAAAAGUUUCUCCACCAUCAACAUCUCCAUCAUCAUCCUCAUCAUCCUCAUCAUCAUUUUAAGAAACCACUGAAUGUGCCCGCAAGUCUUUUGUAUGUGAAUAGAAAAGUAACCUUGUUUUGGGGAAAAGGAAGAGAAGAGAAGAAAAAAAAAUUCUCCAACCUCUUAAUCAACUGUUCUCUCUCUCUCUCUUACUCAAUAAGGAAAAAAUUAUUCAUUUUGUCCACCAAAUCACAUUCCAAAUUCUCUUUCUUUUUCUCUUUGUAUCGAAUCACCACCACCGCCAUUAACCAGGAUAACCUCGUGUUUAAUAAACAAUCGGAUUAACGCUCAAUGUGAACAUCAUCACUGUUUCCCAGGAUUAAUUGUACCAUCAUUGCCCCUUGUCAACCAAAUAGCAAAGAAACGAACAAUUUUUAUUAACUUUUUUUUCUUACCUGAUUAAUGUUUCAAAUUGUUCACAUCCACCGGUAAUUGUAAACAUAAUUCAAGUGCUUUCAUCUAAUCAUAUGGAUUUAUAAUUGUUUCCAGUUAAUUGUUGCUUUUCUGUUCUCUCCAUAAACAACAAACUCAUCAUCAUCUGUGAUUAAUAACAUAACCAUAGCGUUAAUCUGUUCGUGUGUCUGUGUUUCUGGAUUUAUUAGUUAAUCUUGUGUUUAUGUUUAUAUUUUAAUCACUUGAUCAGUUUACACUUUUAAUUGUGAUUAUUAACUGUGUCCCUGUUUCUAUUACAAUUUAUUAGAAAUUAACUUUACACAAUGGGAAAAAAAUGGGUCUAUGCUAUUUUCGCAUCUUUAGUACUUUUACUUCUGGUCAUUUUAUUAGUAGCCAAAUCAGGCAACGAAAAUAGGAAGAUAGGUAUCUGCAGGUCAGAAGGAUGUAAAGCUUCCGGUAAACAAAUGCUUAAAUAUCUCGAUAAAGACGCUGAUCCUUGUAACGAUUUAUAUCAACUCGCUUGUGGUAAAUGGAUUAUAUUAGAGAAGCCAAGAAAUUAUUCAAUUAGAGAUGAACUUGAAGAAACUUUAAUUAAGCAAGUGAAAACUCUAUUAGGUACAAGUUUGGUUCGGAGUCCAGUUCCCGUUCAACUUGCCUCAACAUUUUAUAAAAAUUGUUUGGAUGCAGCUCCUUAUUAUGCUGCCAAAUGGCUUGAUGAAGAGCUACAAGAUAUUGGAGGAUGGCCUUUAAUUGCUAACAAUCAGGAUGAAACCACCACAAUUAGUGAAGAUGGUGAAAACAAUGGUGAUUCUGAUGAAACAAUUAACACAAAUCUUAAUUGGACUGAUAGUUAUGUUAAAGCAAGAACUGAAUGGAAUGGUAAUUGGAUAAUUGGAAUGCAAGUUAUAGUCAAUCCAAAAUAUAAGACAAAAUAUAUAAUCAAGAUUGAUUUACCUGAAAGAUCAACCAUUUGGGAUACUUUGAUUAAUGAAGAUAAUUCAACAGAGAUUAAUAAUAAAAUCGAUGAAUACAAGAACUCAAUUCGAGGUUGGGUUGAAAAGAUGGGACGAAAACGAGGUCAAAUGGACAAUCAAUUAAUUGAUGAAAUGAUUAAAUUUGAAACUGAAUUAGCAAAAGCUCAUAAGAAUUCAAUGUCAGAUAAAUCUGAAGAUAAAUUCAUGAGUCUUGGUGAGCUGAUUGAAACUAGUCCAGACCGAAAGAUUCCAUGGGAAUCAUUAUUACGAGAUGUGUUUGCAAAUGUUAAUAUUACUCUGACAAAAACCGAGCCCAUCUUAUUGUCCCAUCAAUCAUAUUACCAAAGACUUGAUGAGAUAAUUGCAACUACCUCUAACAAAGUAAUUACAACCUACAUUGGCUGGAAAUUUGUAUCACAAUAUGGUGGACAUUUGAAUGAUUUACCUGUUGAUGAAAAGGCUCGAGAAUCUUAUUGCCUUAGGGCAACAUUUCAACACUACAGUCAUGCAUUGAAAAGACUCUAUGUUGAAAAGUAUUUUGAUUCAACCUCAAAGAACAGAGUUGGUACAAUUGUCAAGACAAUUAAACAAUAUUUGAUCAAUAAUUUAAAGACACUUUCAAUGGCUGAUAAAGAUCGAGAAAUGAGGAAUCGAAUCAAAAGAAAACUGGAAAAAAUUGAGACCUUAGUUGGUUACGAUGAUUGGAUCGCCAAGAAAGAUAAAGUCGAAGACUAUUAUUCAGAUAUUCCUGAUUACGCUGAUCGUAAAUAUCUAGGAAGUAUCGUCGAUGUUGUUACUGGACAAACGUUCAAAGAGUUGAGACGAUUAAGACAAAAGUUCAGCAAACAAAUUCCUAAUCCUGAUGUUCCUGGUAUCCUUUCAAUGGACGCAUUUUUUGAUCAGGAAACUUUGAAAUUAGUUUACUCUCCUGGUUUAUUACAAACACCAAUAUUUAAUGCUGAUGCACCAUUGCCAAUAAAUUACGGAGCAAUUGGUUCAAUCAUUGGUAGAGAUUUAAUUUCCUCUAUUGACCUGAAAGGCUCUGAAAUCGACGAAAGUGGAGCUAAACGUAAUUGGUGGACCACUAAAGCUUCAACUAAUUACCACAGUUAUGCGAGAUGUUUUGACAAUGUUUACGAUUCAAUUGUCGGCUGGAAUAAUCGAUCGUUAGAACAAGUAAUUCGAGACGUUGAAGGGCUUCGAAUAGCAUUUGAGGCCUUUAACGAUCUAGUUGCAAGUUCGAGGGACGUUCGUAUACCAAAGGACAUUAAAAAUUACUCUUUGGAGCAAAUAUUUUUCAUCUCUUAUGCUCAGAUGUUCUGCGCCAAUGAUAAAGCCGAUAAAGUACCAAUUAACUUUAUAGUCAAACAAUUUGCUCCAUUUAAUGAAGCAUUUAAAUGUAAAAAGACCAACAAUAUUAAGAAAUGUCGUCUCUAAACAAUUAACAAAUCACUCCAAUCAGCCAACAUCAGCCUGAUCUUUUUUUCCUCCGUUUUAUUUUAAUUUACUCAAAUUUUUGUCCAUUGACAAUUAACUCUUUUUUUUUAUUCCUCCAAUAAUUUGAAAUUGUUAAAAUCACAAUCAAAAAUUGUCAAACUGUAAUUUAAUUUUAAUUGUAAUUCUAAACUGUAAUAAUAAAAAUCUGACCAAUAAUCUGACCAAA